AUGGCCAUCUGCAACAAUCAUCCAAACCAUGAGCUUCCAAUAAUGGAAGAAAAAGAUCAAGUAGCUAUAAUAAUGGUGCCAUUUCCUGCUCAAGGCCACCUCAAUCAGCUUCUGCAACUCUCCUGCUUAAUAUCCUCAUAUAAGAUUCCGGUUCACUACAUCGGCUCCACCACCCACAACCACCAAGCAAAACUCCGCGUCAACGGAUUAAACGCUCAAGAUGUAGAUAAGAUCCGUUUUCAUGAUCUUCCGACGCCACCCUUUGUCUCUCCUCCUCCAAAUCCAAACUCGUCAAAUAAAUUCCCUGCACAAAUGCAACCAGCGUGGAAUGCCUCUAUGAACCUGCGCCAAUCGGUUUUUGAGUACUUAAGAGAUAUAUCCUCUACGGUGAGGAGGAUUAUCGUUGUUCACGACCCUCUUAUGGCCUUUGUAGUUCAGGAUAUUGCAACAAUUACGAAUGCAGAAUCCUAUGUAUUUAACUGCAUCUCAACGUUCGCGCAGGCCUCUCUUGCAUGGGAAGGGAUUGGUAAACCGUUCCCAAUAGAACUACCAAAAGAGCUGCCCUCUUGGGAAGGACGUUCAACCGAUGAACUUCAAGAAUUUGCAGUUUUACAGUUUAAGCAUUUAGAUAUCAGAGCUGGAGAUAUAUACAAUACCAGUAGAAUUAUAGAAGGAACUUAUGUUGAUCUAUUGGCAAGGGAAGAGAUUGUUGGGAGCCGGAAGGCGUGGGCAGUCGGACCAAUUCUUCCGUUGAAAUUAUUCUCGAAUAGCCAGCAUAAAUGUUUAGAAUGGCUUGACAAACAAGAUCCAAAAUCUGUUAUCUACAUAUCUUUUGGGACGACGGUUUCAAUGUCAGACGAAGAAAUCAAAGAGCUCGCGCUGGGGUUAGAACAGAGCAAACAGAAUUUUCUUUGGGUAUUGAGAGAUGCGGAUAAAGGAGAUAUUUUCGAAGGAGAAGUUAGACGAGCUGAGUUACCUGAAGGGUUCGAGGAGAGAACACGAGGAGUGGGAAUGGUGGUGAGAGAUUGGGCACCACAACCAGAAAUUCUGGCUCAUCCAUCUACUGGUGGAUUUAUGAGUCAUUGUGGAUGGAAUUCUUGCAUAGAAAGUAUUACAAUGGGAGUGCCAAUAGCAGCCUGGCCAAUGCACUCCGACCAGCCUACAAACGCCGUGUUCAUAGCAGAUAUAUUGAAGACCGGUAUUCUUGUAAGGGAAUGGACACAGCACGAGGAGCUAGUGAAAGCAUCGAUGAUUGAGAACGUUGUGAGAAGACUGAUGGUGUCAGAAGAAGGAAUUGAGAUAAGGAAGAAGGCAGAAGAAGUAGCUGAUGCUGUUAGGAUGUCAACUGAGGCAGGUGGGGUGUCUCGAAAGGAAUUGGAUUCAUUCAUAGCCCACAUCACUAGAUAA